AUGGCACCACCAAAUCCACAUCGCUCUUCGAUUAUGCACCUUUUCAAAGCAAGAGUCGCUCCGGUUGACAUCAUUAAAAAGCUCGGAGUCCCAAGUAGAACCGUCUAUGACUCAAUUUCUCGUUUCAAAAAGCUCGGCACGUUCUUGGAUAGAUGUGGGAGAAGAAGAAAAGCAACAGUCGUCACUCCAGAUCGGAUCAAAGCUGUGAAGGAGAGAAUCAGAAGAUAUCCACUUCGGAGCAUCCGAAAGAUGGCGAAAGAUAUGAAAAUUAGUCAAAGUUUGAUGGAAAGGAUGCUCAAAGACAAGCUGAAGCUCACCUGUUACCAUGUAAGAAAAGCAGCCAGCACGACAUUCCGAUGUGCCGCUGCGCGCCUUUGCAAACCUUGAUCGCGCAAUUAUUUUUUUCUUUUAUUAAGGUACUCGUGACCUAGAUUCGAAAAACGCUUCGCGACCGCACGCAGCGAAACAGCGGAAUGUCGUUCCGUGAAAUUUCAAGUCGUGGUACACAGACUAUGUGAUUGAGUAACUGUGGAGAAAUCUUCUAUAGGCCAUUCCGCGCCAGCUUGUCACGGUUUUCUUUCCGCCAAAAGGCCAGGCCAUAUUUAACCAACUUUCGCUUCAAAUCCUUUUUUUCUUGCCGUUAUAAAAGCAGAAACUUGAUCUAAUUUGGUAUACGGUCUUUUUGACGGAGAGAAAAACGUGACAAGCUGGCGCGGAAUUGGCUAUACCGUUGCCGCGCAAGUUAAACUGCCCGUUCGCUGUCCCAAGCAAGACUUGAGCGGGCUAUACAAAAAUGAUGGUUCAAUCCCCGAAAUAAAUGAACCUUUCAUUUGAUGUUUCGGUGCACCUUGCGGUACCCUUAUAGUUUCGAAAAUUGACCGUUCGACCAAUAUUUUUUCAACAUGUCAGAAUAAAUUGUGAUUGGUCGAAGAGUUGGAGUUUCAAAAAAUCAAUAUGUCACUUCAGAGUGACAGUUUGGUUUUUGACCGUUCGAAAUGUCAUUUCGAAAAUUUUCAGUCAUUUUUUGACCGUUUGAAAUGUCCUCGCAUGGUGGCCAGGUGCCUUAACGGGUGGACCCGUUUUAAACCCGGGUGUAUGAGGCCAUUUGAGUCUCGGUUCUUCUGAAACGGAAGAACAACGGGUCUUAAAAAAACCCAGCUGUGCUGAAGCGGUGCCUCAGAUGGGCUGAAAAUUACCAAACGUUCUACCAGCUGUGCUCAUACGGGUUCGAUACGGCAGAGACUCCGCGGCGGGGCCGCCCGCAUCACCAUGCGAGUCAUUUCAAAAAUCGUUGAUCAUUUUUCGACCAAAUGUCACUCUUCAAAUGGUCGGUCCGUUUAGUAAAUUUCAGGAACUGGUCGGUCAAACGAACGAUCAGAAGAAUGAAAUAUUAUAACCGUUUGAAAACUGAACGGUCAAAUUUUAGAACACUAGGGAAACCGGUUGAAAAAAAAAAGUUUCUUCGAGCUACCUUAACCACCUAGAAUGAUAGAAAAACGGGCUUUUUCGUUUCCGUAUAGUCUGUUGGACGCUUACUCCGCCUCCGGGGCUACCGUAUCUUUUGCGUCGGAUCUUUAUCGCGCGUAAGGAUGAUCCUUUAAUUGCUUUACAUUUUAUUUUUGACACAAAAGCUUGAAAAAAGUCAAAGAUUCCGUGGCUACAGUACCGAUGUUCCAUCACGCGAUGCUCCUUAUAUAGUCUGUGUACCACGACUUGGAAUUUCAUCGAACGACAUUCCGCUGUUCCGCUGCGUGCUCUGCCGCGCCUUUAAUUUUUUAUUUUAACUAAGAACUCGACCAGCACGUGUUCCUAGUGGAACAGCCCAUCUAUCCGUAAGGAGAACCAAUUGAAAACGAGGCUGAGCUCGCAAAGACGCUAGGCGACGCAGCGGAAGAACGGAAUGUCGUUCGGUGAAAUUCCAAGUCUUGGCACACAGACUAUAAUAACACUGCAUUUUUUGACUUUUCCCAAGCUGUCAGAUGAAAAAAGAUAAGGAGAUAUAGCCAUUGAAGGAUCGUUGGAUAGAUUAUCGACGCGAAAAAAAGUACUGUCGGAUAUGGCACGGGGGGGCGGAGUCAGUUGCUCGGUAUAAAAACCGGAGAAGACGACCAUAUCAUUAACUGGCCGGUGACGCGCCGGGGUUUGGCUUUCUUUAUUUUUGCAUUUUUCAAAUGUGUUUUAUCAUUUUUUUUUUAUACUUGUAGUAUCCUUGCUCGUUUUUUAAUAGUUUCAAGGACUUUCGUGUGUCCUCCGUUUAUUUGAACGUUCCGAUUAACGUUCCAAGAGUGAAUGCCGCCGAAAAGGUGAAUAUUCGUAAAUUUUCAAAUAUUUUUUUAUAUUGCGUUCAGUGCGGAAAAAACUCAUUAAAUUAUUCGUUUUCUAGUCAAAUUAGGAAGUUUCUGAGCCCUCUAUAAUCGCGCAAGGCUUUGAUGUGUUAUACAGGCGAAUCGAGAGGGUACCAUAAUGCGUCUACAAAGGUACCUCUCAAAAUGGAUCGUGAAGACCCCAUAAUGUCGAGCUAUUUGUAUACUCGGGCAAAGUCUGAAUCGUGGAUAUUGGCCGCUAGAAGGGAGAGACUCAAAAAAGGGUGCAGAAAGGCAGAAAAAAGGCUGCAAAAAGGCUGCAGAAAGGGAGCAAAAAGGGUGCAGAAAGGCAGCAAAAAGAGUCCCUUUAUCAAGCCUUUUUUCUGAGAUCUCAGGAAAUUCUAGAAAAGGGAGAGACAGCAAAAAUGGUGCAUAGCAGCCCAUGAAAUGGCGCAAAAAGGCAGCAAAAACAGAACCUUUUUUCACCCUGAAAGGAACAUUUCUAUGAAGCUUUUUUUCCAUCCUUUCCGACUUGCCUAUUAGCCUUGAAAGCUCGGGCCUAAUACGGACGCACCCGAAAUUUAGAUAAGAUUAAAAUUCUCUUUACGAAUCGCCAAGGAUGACUAUAUCAAAUUCAGGAAGAUGACUGGCCUGAAGACUGGAAAGAGAACGAGUACAUAAGGACCUGUAUGCGGGUAUUCAAUCGAUAUUUUCUAUCAGCCAAUAAUAAAAAUCGUUCAGGCUGGACCUACCGGCUUCCUCGAUUUUCAUGCCGCGGCCAAUCAGAUGUCCAGAGCUGAGUGUAGGACAAAAGCGCCGAUUCCAAGAGCGCCGUUCAAAUUGAGCGCUAGUCCGCAAUGCGCCGUCGCGUGUAUGCGCCGUGUAUGCAGACGCCGCUUUCUUUUUGCGCCGAGUCCGUUUGCGCCGAAUCGUUUUGCGCUGUUAUUUCAAACUUCUAUUUUUUUCGCUCUUUUUUUAUAUUAAUUUUUUUAUAAUUGUUUACUACACAUUCAUAUACGACUCGAAUGAUUUUUCGCGCCAUCUGUUAAUAUGGACUUUUUCUGCCGCAUUUUCGAAAAAAACUCGAACUAUUGUUUCAAGAAAAAUGAGUUUAACGUUACGAAAAAAACGAUUUUUCUGCUGUUUCACGUCUGCUAGAAUUGAAACUUUGCCUUACCUAACGCAGAAAAUUUGCAACCACAAAAAAAUCACUCAGUAUGUCGUUUAAAGCAAUAAUUUUUAUCCAUUCUCUUUUCCUUUCGUUUUCUGUAUUUUUCGAAAUCAGAAAAGCAUAUUUGCUUUUUUAUUUUUACUUUGAAAAGAAAAAAGGGGAAAAAAUAUUUUACCUGGACCAAAGUAGACCUAAAACUCAUCAUUAACGGAUGGCGCGAAAAUCAUUCGAGUCGUAUAUGAAUGUGUAGUAAACAAUUAUUAAAAAUUAAUAUAAAAAGAGCGAAAAAAUAGAAGUUUGAAAUAACAGCGCAAAACGAUUCGGCGCAAACGGACUCGGCGCAAAAGAAAGCGGCGUCUGCAUACACGGCGCAUACACGCGACGGCGCAUUGCGGACUGGCGCUAAAUUUGAACGGCGCUCUUGGAAUCGGCGCUUUUGUCCUAUACUCCCAGAGCUCAACUAGACUCAAAACAAAGUCUGAACGAAAUGUGAGGGUUUUUCUCGGAAUGAUCUCCAUGCAGAUUAAAGAAGAGACAUGUUUUUAAUGAACUGGGAAUAAAAAAAUCAAAAAAAUAUAAAAGAAGCUGACAUUUAACGAAGAACUUUAAGCGCGAAUUCAAAGUUUUGAAACCAUUUGAACAUUCUUUUUACCAAAAUUUAAAAUUAGAUAUCGUUCAAGAACCAAAUUUUUUUCUAAUGCCGAGUUCAAAUUUCCGCAGACUCUCCAAAAUUUAAUUAUCUUUUCCUUUCUCUAACGGCAAUUUUGAAUUUCGCGCAAUCUGAGCACUGAAUAACGACUCCCGAAAUUCCAAUUUCGUGUCACUUUUGAAAUCGCCAAAUCACGGCUACAAAAACAAAACAAAAUUUCGUUUUUUGAUUUUUAGUGACUUUAAAAUUCCUGAAGUUCGAAAAAUUAAUGAAUCUUUUCUUUUGGAAAUUUAACAAACGGAUUUCAGAUUGGAAAUAAUGAAAAAUAAAAUUACCUCUACUCGAUAUUCCUUCGAAGAACCAACGGACGUUGCCGAAAUUUUGGAGGAGAUUUACGAGUUUGCAGCGAGAAUCGACCCUUUUUUUGGAGUUUGUUUCAUGAAUGACCAUGAUUUUUUUCCGAAAAAAAUCAAUAAUUUUUUUGAACCUAUUUCGCUGUAAUUCCCAAAAAAGGAUACAAGAAACUUUUUUCUUAAAUUUUUGAAGGAACUUCAUCCAGUGCAAAAGCCCGUCAUCAAAAACGCGGGAAGUUUUUUUUAGCCAUUCCCGCUUAAUGUAGCCCGGUUACGGUGCCUGCGAAUCUAAUUAUUUUUGAGCUUUUCCUACGCGAGUUGUAUAUCAAUCGAUAGGCAUUACAAUUUUCAAAAUUUUGACAGUACAUGAGAACAUAGGUUAUUGUAGAAAAUUUUCGAGUUACGGUAUAAAGUCUUUAAAUUUGAAUGGAAGCUUUUUUCAAAAAAAAAAAAAUUCUAUUAUUUCCAGUGAUGUCGCGUUUUGUGCCUCUAAAGGCGUCGAACCGUUGGAAUUCUUUUUCAAGAUCAUCGGACACUUUUACGAAAACAACAAGCGCAAUCAUUUUUGCCGCGAUACGGUAAGAAGUUGAAAAAAAAAAAAGAGUUUGAUAUCGAUUGCUACUAAACCUUAUAGUCUUCCAGUACCUCCAUUUCGACAUCUAAAUAUUCCCCUAAUUUAUAGCCCCUUAAGUGGCCACUAUUUUUCAACCCCUUAAGUGGCCACUAAUUUGACUACUAUAGUGGCCGCUAGAACGUCAAAACCCUAAAGAGGACUUUAAAAAUUUCCCCGGCAUUUUUCAGAAAUUUCGGACAUUUAAAACUUUAAUUUCUUGACUCAUUAUAAGUCACGGCGUUUCUGUUAAUGAAAGAAAAAGAGAAACCAAAACACGGUGGGCGGAGCCCAAAUAUUCGCCAUUCCCACGUGACGUCAUGUGAAAGAUAGAUAUUUUGGCUCGAAAAACGUAAAUAACAGGGCAUAUUAAAGGCGCAGCCCGCCGUAUUGCCAAAGGUCUUUAAGACGAAUCGAAAUUUCUCUAAUGCCGUAUUCAUGCCGUGUUCAAAGUAAUUUCCGCGAAAUGCGAAAUGCUCUCUGACCCUCCAAAAUUUAGUUAUCUUUCUCUUUCUCUGACGGCUAUUUUGAAUUUCGCGGAAUCACUUUGAACACGGCAUAAAUAACAGGGCAUACUAAAGGCGCAGCCCGCCGUAUUGCCAAAGGUCUUUAAGACGAAUCGAAAUUUCUCUAAUGCCGUAUUCAAUUUGAUUCCGCGAAAUGCAAAAUACCCGUUAGAGAAAAGAAAAGAUCACUAAAUUUUGGAGAGUCAAUCAGUUUGCAUUUCGCGGAAUCAAAAUGAACACGGCACACUAAGAAUAACUGACGAGAUAAACGCGAGCUCGAUGGCGGUACAUUGACUAACUCGCAAAAAUGUCGCUUUUUUCUAGGCGCGAUCCCGCAUUUCUCUCGGCGCGACCUCGCAUUUUUCUCGGCGCCAUCUCGCAUUUAUCUUGCAUUUCGGAAAUUUUCAAAUUGCGAGAGAAAUGCGAGCUCGCGCCUAGAAAAGUGCGAGCUGGCGCCCAGAAAAAUGCGAGACCGGCGCGAGAAAAAAAGCGAGAUGUUUGCGAGCUCGUCAAUGUACCGCCAGCGUCUCGCGUUUAUCUCGGCAGUUAUUCUUAGUGCAUAAAUGAACCCAAUUUUCUGCGCGAAAACGGCGCUGUGCAUGCACAAGACACACGCCACUUCACAGAGAAAAAGUGGGCGUUGUCAAAAAAACGCCGUGAAGUAUAGCCUUCAAUUUAUAUUAUUAUUCAGCUUCUGCAAGGCUCCGACCAGUACUUCACCCACUUUGCCAACAUCAAAUGUGUCAAGUCUCGACUGAAGUUUGAAAUAAAAUCCGACGGCCGAUUUUUCACGAAAGUCAGUUUUCCUUUCACAUAAAGGGUAUAUCUUAAUUUUUAGGCCGAGCCCGGCGCGCCAAGUGAAAGGGGCCAAUUUUUGAAUUACAAUCCGCGAACGAAGAAGCUUUGCGGAACUGUGGAUUCAGUCGAGAUUUCUUUCAGACAACUCCUCGAAAAAUAUAAAAAUCCGUUCAAAGACGUGAGUUAGGAUAUAAUCUUUUCAAAGCGGCGUACGGUACUUGGUUUAAAUGCGCUCUAUGAAAAAUGGAGAAAAAUUUUUUUUUUUUACUUUUUUUUUCCUUUUCUCGUCAAGUAAAUAAUCACGAAGACGUUCAACAUUGGAUUUUGCAGAUUGAACUUUACGCGGCCAUCUUCAAAACGGCACACGUCCCAGUGAAUACUGAAAACGGCAAAAUGACGAUCCUAACCAGGGAUUUCAUCAAUAAUUUCUCGUCGAGAAUCUCCGAAAUGCCGCCAAUGUUCAUUGACGAGCUGCUCAAGUGUGUGCGGGCCAACGCCGGGCCGACCCUCCCGCUGGCUUUCGCCGGAAAUAUGCUCUUCUACAUGACAAUCGAGGCUGAAACAGUAAUAUUUGCCGCUUUUUUGACUAUUUAAAAUGAGGAGAAAAAUAACCGGCUGAAAUGUGAGAAUUUUCCAUAAGAAAACACUGGGCUUCUAAGAAAAAGCUUGUCGGAUGAAUACAGGAAGAGUCCUGUACGCGCCUGAACAGCCCUCUCUCACCGAGGUGGGCUGGCGCAGUGGUUAGAUGCUCAGACUGAUAACCAUAUCGACCAUUUUUCGUAGGGUUCGAUUCCUGUGAAGGAGAAACCUUUUUUGCAUUUUUCUUAAACACGAAAAACUUAUCGAAUAGACUUGAAAUUGAUAGAAAUGAUUUUUUAAUUUUCCUGUUGCCAAGGGUUACAGAAUAGUGUGAAGCUGAAAUAAAUGAAGCUGAUGACUUGGGAAAGAGCCCAGAGAAGGAGAGUUUCUCGUGCUUUUCUUCUAUUUCCUGCUGCUCUCUUCUAUUUUCGCCCCUCGUUUUGCUUUUCUUUUCACUAUUCAGAAGCGUUCAUUUUAGGUAAACGGUUGAUAAUUGGAACCAUUUCUAGAAUAAUUAAUUUUCAACUCUUCUAUUUUUUAUUUCCACCAAAUUUCAUUCGAUCAAAACCGUUCUGACUUCCAAAAAUAACUUCUGCCAAAAAAGGUCAUGAAAAUCCGGAAUAUUCGGUUUUUAGUACCCUGAUUUUGCAUAUUUCAAAACAAGAAAAAAAAUUCCUACCUUGAAAACUCAAAAAAAUGAGCUGGAGAUUCUUUGAAUGCUCCUGAAAACCGCAAAGGGAAAAAAACAUGCUCUGCGUCUCUUCAACUUCACAUUUCUCUCGCGCCUUUCCGCUUCGAAUAUUCCAUGACUCAGAUCUCGUAAUUUGUUUGUUACACUUUGGCUCUUUCGUGACUCAUUUCUAACAUUACUGCGAAAUAUUUUAGUAGCCACUUAAGAGUUUUGACGUUUUAGUGGCCUCUUUAGAAGUCUAUGUGGUAUGUGAUAAUUUCUGAAAAAGCUUUUUUCAAACUCUCAUAAUAAGCUUACAUAAAAGUUUGAUAGACCUAAAAAUGGAUCAAGCCGGAAAUUUUCAUUUCUUUCUCCAAGACUAAUUGUUGAAUAUGUGAAUUGAUAGUGAUCAAAUAAUAGAUCACGUGAGAGAUAUCCCAACUAAGAGUAUAAAAGAAGUCGGGAACUCAGAUCAUCAUCACUCGUACCGCCCCCGUUUCGCCUCCAGCCUCGCCGUCGCUUCAAGCCUCGGACUGACGACUUCUCGCCUCUCCUCAACUUCAUCUUUUUACCACACCUAGUUAAUAAAACUAUUGUGGGGUACUCUUCUUUCUGAUAACGCACAAGAUACAUUAAAGUGGCGAUCAGUAAGCGGACUAACUAAAUAAAAGAAAGAAGAGUACCCCACAAUAGUUUUAUUAACUAGGUGUGGUAAAAAGAUGAAGUUGAGGAGAGGCGAGAAGUCGUCAGUCCGAGGCUUGAAGCGACGGCGAGGCUGGAGGCGAAACGGGGGCGGUACGAGUGAUGAUGAUCUGAGUUCCCGACUUCUUUUAUACUCUUAGUUGGGAUAUCUCUCACGUGAUCUAUUAUUUGAUCACUAUCAAUUCACAUAUUCAACAUUUUUGCUACCCUCCUCUUUUCAAAAACCUAGGAAAACUUUUAGUGGCCUCUUAAGACGUUUGAAGUUUCAGUGGCCACUUAAGUGGCUGAAACUUCGAGUCCUCUUUAAAAGCCCAAGUAGUACUACCAGUCCACUAAAAACCACUAAGACACAAAAAAUGGCUUCUAUAGAGUUUGUUCUAGAGACCACUUUAAUGUCCUCUCCACGUAGUCCUUGAGGAACCUCUUAAGUGACCACUAGAGUUUUUGGCAGGAAAAUGAUGAACAAACUUGCUUUCAGAAGCAAGAUUUCACGUUCUUCCGCCAACUGACAAGCUCGCGGGGGCGCGCUCUGCAGGACGUCGCCUGCCUCCUCAACCGCAGUUUGGCCAAAGUCAAGGAACUCGCCAAGGAUUUUCCGCCCUGUUAUCACCAUAAAUACGUCUUCCCCUUCAGCGCCAUGGAUGCCUUGAUCGACAUUGUCGAUGAUCCGUCGAGUUAGUUGGAAAAAAAAACUUUUUUCGAACCUAUCAAUUUAUUUUUUUAUGCUUUUCUCGUCUGAUUUUGAUAGAGGCGGAGCCUGAGAAAGGAUUUGCCAUUCAAAAUCCGAAUAGACUAUAGUGUGAUCAAGAAUAUUUUGAGUAAUAAAAGCAUGUCUCCAGAAAAAAACAAAAAAAUUUGAUGUCAUUUUUUAGAGCUUUUUCAUUACAUAUUUACUCAACAUUUUACAAAAAUUCCUGCUUUUACAGAAAAUUGAUUUUUUCCUGCAUAUAUUUUUCAUUUUCCUGUUUUUCGCGAUUUGAAGUUUUUUUCAUUGAGUUCGCUUCCUAUUAGGAUAGAAUUUUAUUUCAUUUUUAGUUAUGAAUUUUUUUUUGUUGGUCAGUAAAUCAUGGUUAGCAACUUUUUGUAAAACUGCCCGGACUUUUUUCAAAAAAUGAAAAUUUCUAAGCAAAAGUGACUUCAGAGUCUCAAAACACCUGGCCAUGUACCUUUAACAAAAAUAAAUGAUUUUUUUCAGUUAAAGACGAUGCAAAUAAAUACCAGGAAUUGAUUCGUUCCGUCGGCUAUAUUUACACGUUCGUUUUUUUCUGUUUUCGAACAUAAAUUUGAAAAACUUCAGACCGUCCGAUGUUUCCUGA